AUGGCCGCCAUCCCAGUUUUGAUGUUACUGCUGGUAUGCAGUAGUUUGGCAAAAGAAGACAAAACAAAAGUUUCAGAACUUCUAGAAAAUGGAAUUAAAGACGGAUCGUCAGUAAAGGGAGUUAAGAGAGGCAUCAUCUCCACCGGUCACUACGGCCUCGAUGGAGGAAUUUCAAUCGGUCACGGAGGAAUUGGAAUCGGUCAUGGAGGAAUUGCGAUCGGUCACGGUGGAAUUGGUCUCGGAUCUGGUAUCGGUAUCGGUUCCGGCAUUGGCAUCAGCUCAGGAAUUGGUAUCGGUUCAGGAAUCGGCAUCGGAUCUGGAAUCGGUUCAGGAAUAGGCAUCGGUUCUGGUAUCGGAUCUGGCAUAGCCGUUUCCGGAGGCGGAGUCGGUAUCGCUGCCGGACCAGCGAUAGCGGCCGGACCAGGAAUAGCCAUCGGCGGUGGAAUUGCCGCCGGCCCAGCCGUAGCUGUUGCAGCCAGACCCGCGGUAGCUGUUGCUCCCGCAGCCGUUCAAACAUCGGUCUCCGUUCAACCCAACCCAGUUAUCCUGCGCCAAGAAGUCCCGAGAUAUAUCACCAGGACUGUAACACACAACGUUCAAGUGCCCGUACAAGUUCCGGUCCCUGUGCCCGUCGAUCGUCAGGUGCCAGUGCCAGUUCAGGUGCCAGUGCCUGUGCCAGUUGACCGACCGGUGCCUGUCAUACAUAAAGUACCCGUGGAGAUAACGAGACAAGUGCCCGUCUACUACGAGAGGAAAGUGCCAUAUCCAGUUAAAGUGCCCGUCUCCGUGCCGGUGCCGUACCCAGUCACGGUUGAGAAGCAAGUAGCCGUCGACAGGCCGGUGUAUGUAGACCGUCAGGUUCCAGUGCCACACCCCGUGUAUGUGGACCGCCCCAUCAGAGUACCCGUCCCCGUGCAAGUCGAUAGGCCCGUCCCAGUGCCUCAACCCGUGGUAGUCGACAGACCCGUGCCGGUCCCUCAACCCGUUGUAGUUGAACGCCGAGUACCAGUGGCCGCCGUCGCUGCAGCACCAUCCGUGGCGGUAGCGCCAGCGGUGGGAGUAUCUUCUGGAAUUUCAGCCGGCAUUGGUUCAGGGGUAGCCAUCGGAUCGGGCAUCGGUAUCGGUUCAGGAAUAGGCUCCGGCAUUGGAGUUAGCUACGGCUCCGGCAUUGGCUUAGGUUCCGGCAUCGGAUUAGGUUCCGGUAUCGGAUUAGGUUCCGGCAUUGGUAUUUCGUCCGGCCUUGGGUCGGGAAUUUCGCUAGGCAGCGGCUACGGCGGCAGCUACGGCGUUAGCUACGGCAGUGGGCACGGCUACGGUCUGUCCUCCAUCUCGUCCGGCAUCGGCCACUCGAUCGGCGUCUCCAAAGUGAUCUCCAGCUACCCGAGCAUUCACAGUAGCCACUAGGGUAUGUUAGUUGUUCGUAUGAAGUUUGAUACGAGUCGAAUUGCAAUACUGUAAUAUAUUCAGAAUAAAUGAUUGAACCAAA